AUGCUGGAUAGCGACGAGGAGUCGUUUACCAUCAUAUCGCUGCCAGUAUAUACUCCAGAACCACCUGAGUCACUGAUAUUGGUUAAUUCGUUACCGGCACUGUUGAGUCCACAGUUAGACUGCUACAUAGCGGUUUCUAAAGCAUUUGAUGCUACUACAUAUCAGUAUUUAAAAAAGGCUGCUAGUUACGGUAAAAAGAACGGCAUGUGGUACGGCGGCACCGCGACGGGAACCAGCGGGUGGUCGCGGGCAGUCCGCAAGCAGUCCGUAGUGGAGUCCGACGCGCCUCCCCCGGGCGGCGGUAAGACGACUAGCGGGCGCGUCAUUCGCAUCAUCAACAAUAUGGACCACUCCAUACAGUGUCGCGUUUUGUUAAAUCUCCGAACUACGCAACCAUUUGAAGAAGUUUUGGAAGAUUUGGGACAAGUUUUGAAAAUGAGCGGAGCUAAAAGGAUGUACACAAUCACAGGACAAGAGGUGAGAAGUUUCUCGCAACUUCGCAACGAAUUUGCAGAUGUAGAGACGUUCUAUCUCGGCACAAUAAUGGUACCGCCGGCUCACAGUCCUGGUGUUAGUGCUCCUCUCCCAAUAGAAUCACCAAUAAGAAGGUCACGGUCAAGAGCUACGGUGGCAUCAAUUCCUGCAUCAGAGGAUACGCGUGGACGGCGAGCACGAAGCAAAAGCAGACCGAGGGCGUUGUAUGCUCCAGAAGGCGAAAUAAUAAGAAAUUCUGAUUAUACACUUUUGGAAGUGUUGAAAGAAGAACCCAUUCGCCUAACGAUCCGUGGUCUCAGGCGUACCUUCUACCCACCAAUUCACCAUGCUCCCAUCGACAAUUCACCGCCGGAGAAGAAAUUGCAGCUCGAUUGGGUUUACGGUUAUAGAGGAGCUGACACUCGACGCAACUUAUGGGUGCUUCCUACGGGAGAACUACUUUACUACGUAGCGGCUGUUGCUAUUAUGUAUGAUCGAGACGAAGAGUCACAGAGACAUUACACCGGCCACACCGAAGAUAUUCAAUGCAUGGAGCUGCACCCGUCGCGCGAGUUGGUGGCGAGUGGGCAGCGGGCGGGGCGCGGGCGGCGCGCGCAGGCGCAUGUGCGCAUCUGGAGCGCCGACACGCUGCAGACUCUGCACGUGUUCGGCAUGGCCGAGUUCGAGGCCGGCGUCUCCGCUGUCGCCUUUUCGCAGCUGAACGGUGGCAGUUACGUGCUGGCUGUAGACUCCGGCCGCGAGAGCAUUCUCUCUGUAUGGCAAUGGCAAUGGGGACAUCUACUUGGAAAAGUCGCUACACUUCAAGAAGAGCUAACUGGUGCAGCUUUCCACCCGCUGGAUGACAAUCUUCUCAUCACUCACGGAAAAGGACACUUGGCUUUCUGGAAUCGUCGGAAGGAUGGCUUUUUUGAACGCACUGACAUAAUUAAGCCACCAUCCCGCACCCACGUGACUGCGCUACAGUUCGAACCAGACGGUGACGUGGUGACUGCGGACAGUGACGGCUUUAUAACAGUGUACAGCGUCGACAGUGAUGGUGCUUAUUUUGUUCGCAUGGAGUUUGAGGCCCACAUAAAAGGUAUCAGUUCUCUAGUGAUGCUGUCCGAAGGCACAUUGAUCUCUGGUGGCGAAAAGGAUAGGAAAGUGGCAGCUUGGGAUUCCUUACAAAACUAUAAAAAGAUCACCGAUACAAAGCUGCCCGAAACUGCGGGAGGCGUUCGGAGUAUUUAUCCUCAAAGGCCAGGCCGAAAUGAUGGCAAUCUUUACAUUGGUACUACAAAGAACAAUAUAAUGGAAGGAUCACUUCAAAGAAGGUUCAAUCAGAUUGUGUUUGGUCAUCAUAAACAACUCAUGGGGCUAGCCGUUCACCCAGAUGACGAAAUGUUCGCUACGGCAGGUCAUGACAAAAAUAUAGCGCUUUGGAAAGGACAUAAACUUCUAUUUGCCACUCAGGUGGGUUACGAAUGUGUGUCAAUCUCGUGGCAUCCAAGUGGUGGGGCUCUUGCAGCAGGCAGCACUGAGGGUCACUUAGUGGUGUUAAACGCUGACGCUGGAUCUCACGUUGCCACUUUAAGAGUUUGUGGAUCGCCGCUGAACUGUUUACAAUACAAUUCAGCUGGAGACACUUUGGCAAUAGCAUCACAAAAUGGCAGCAUAUAUCUAUUUAGAGUAUCGCGAGAUGGUUUUUCAUAUAAAAAAUCUAAUAAAAUUCGUGGCACUCAACCACUAGUUCAGCUUGACUGGAGUCUCGAUGGAAACUAUCUUCAAACGGUUACCGCCGACUAUGAUUUGUCGUUCUGGGAUAUUAAAGCUUUAUCUCCCGAGAAAAGUCCAAUAGCGAUGAAGGACGUUAAAUGGUCUUCCUACAAUUCCACUAUCGGCUUUCUAGUAUCAGGAAUGUGGAACAACCGCUUCUAUCCAAUGACGUCACUGAUAACAGCAGCGAGCCGUUCCUCUGCGCACGACCUUCUGAUCAGUGGUGACUCCGAUGGAUACUUACGUAUAUUUAGAUAUCCUUGUGCGAGUCCAAAGGCAGAAUACAAUGAAGUGAAGGUUUAUUCCGGUUCCGUGUACAACGCACGGUUUCUAUUCAAUGACCGUUGCUUGAUCAGCACGGGAGGGAUUGAAGCGGCCUUAAUGCUGUGGGAGUUGGUGGAUGAUUAG